UCGUGAUACGCGUGUGCCGCGCGCUGCUCGCGCGCGCCUCUUACGGGCUUUCGUUCUCGCUUCCCUGAACAGGUUCGUUUUUCACAUUUGUGACGGAACUUGUCAAAGUCAAUCCCGGUCGGGCGUAAGUAAAAAAAAGACCGAUCGCCGGCGAGGAUAACAACAACGUCAAAAAGUAUGUCGAUCGAAUUUGACGCGGUGGACAAAAAAAAGUGCACGUGAUACACAUCACAGACGCAAAUAAUUUUGUAUUUCUCGAGAAAAGUGAUUUGAAGCGUGAAAGAAUUAGCCACGUGACUUAUAGUCAUCUUCCCCGUUUAAUUUAUUUCUCAGUUUCUGUAACAAUACCAGAAGAAGAGUUGAUACAGCUGUCAAAAUCCAUAUGUGGUGGUUGGUGAGAGACAUUUAAACGCCAUCUAUCAUUGUUGUAUACACAUAUACGUACACACUUGACGUAUCGAGAACGGCAGCUGGGCGUUCCGCCGUUUGGAGACCGGAAAUGAUCGCGUGAAGAACAACAACUUUCUUCGAUCUAUGGACAGUGUGGAAAGUGAGAGAGAAUCUUUUUCGUUUCGAACUGAUGAUCCCCUCGAGAGAGGGUCGCGAUAUCGCAAACAAAAGUAGGAAACAGGUUUCGGCAGGCGCGCGCGGCAUCAACGCGGGAUCGAAGGUUGAACCGCGCCGAAAGUUCGUCGAUCUUUCCGGGAAUAAAAACGUACGUGCGUGCGUGCGCGCACACACGCGUGUGCUCGCGGAUGACUGUGUGUUUACGAGUUUAGUUAGGAACGUUUUGUUGUCGACCGCGCGUGGUGUACGCGCCUCUGAUAACGAUCGACGCCGAUAACACACGCUGGCUACCGACGGGAUCGAUAACACGCGAUGAUCCGACCAGUGCGUAAGCGCGCUUGAACGACGACGAAGCUCUUUCACACCUGGAAGCGGAAAUGACGGCUUGUAUCGGCUCGUGAGGCGGACACACAGCUCUUUUGCGUCACGAGGAAAACGAUUCGUCGCGCGUAAACGUCCCGACAAAAAAGGCCGGUGCGACGUAAAAAAGUCGAGCACUUGAAGAUAAUCGAAUAUUGAGAGACGAAACGCGAAAAAAGUGCAAUUGAUAACAAACCGUUCAAUGUGUGCGCGAUAUGUGACCGAUGUUAUCGAAUCUGUGAAAAAGAAUGGCAGCUGAAAAGUGAGUAUCGUUUGUUCGUUCUUGAUGGAGAUGGUUGACAACGCGAGCCGAUCACUGAUCUGUUAAACUUGACCCACUAUGUUGUCUCUGACCCAGAUGAGGGGAAAAAUAAUAAGAAAACGCAAACGCGGGUCUCUUCCCGAAGAUUCAGUUCCGCGAAGUUGAGAGUUCGCGUGACUCUCGGCGAGACCGGAGGAGGCGCUCGGACGAAGAAGCUGUCGAAAAUUGGCAGGUGUCGAAAGUGAUCGCGAUCGAGUUGUUGAACUCUCUCGUGGCGCGAGUCUUUGUUGAGAGGCGGACAAAAUUAGCGAAGUGAGAAAGAAUCGUCGUCGGACUUGAGCAUCGACGAACCAACGGUUUUUCGCGAGAAAACUCUCGGAGUGACGUUUCUCGUGUUAGAAGACAUUUGCUCGCGUCGUUUGAAUGAAGUUGGUUGGCCGAAAACGCGGAGGACAACGCGAACGGCGAAGAUGGCAUGAUUUCGUUACGCACGGCGAGAAGAUACGUGACACGUAGAUUUCUAUUUUCUUUGUUGUUCGUGGAUGAAAACUGUGCGACUAUUAUUGACGAUGGAUCUCAGAACAGAAAGUAGAAAAGCUCCCGAAGGCGAAGGGCAGAAGACCAGACCGGCCAAAAGCGUUCUCAGCAUUAUCAACUUUGUAGACGUCAAGCAACCGGAAUCAUCCGCGCAGGAUGUGGAACGUUCACCAAAUCAUUCGUCGCGAGGAGGCAGCGAGCAGGCCGUCUCGCAGACGAGUCCUGCGAGCAGUACCAGUAGCUCGAGCCAGGUGACCCAUGUGAGCCAGCAACAAUUGAACCAACCACCUCAGCAAUCACAUCAGCAACCGACGCCGGCGUCGACGACGUCAUCGACGUCGUCUCAGUCCUCCCAAAUGUGCAUCUCCGCGGAAGAGAUCAGACCCGAGGAAGAGAGCGCGCAUCCAAGAGCGGCGGCGACCAGUCCCGAGAGCGAGGCUGAGGCCGACGAUUUUGCGCCCAAACGAAAACAGCGUCGCUACAGAACGACCUUCACCAGCUACCAGCUGGAGGAACUUGAAAAGGCCUUCUCCAGAACGCAUUAUCCGGACGUGUUCACGAGGGAGGAGCUUGCCAUAAAGAUCAACCUGACGGAGGCACGAAUACAGGUCUGGUUCCAGAACCGACGGGCCAAGUGGCGCAAGCAAGAGAAGGUCGGGCCGCAGGCACAUCCGUACACUCCCUACCCACCACCGUCGGCGGUCGUGGCGCCGACCUUGCCAAACCCUUUCGCCCACCUGGUCAACUUCUCUCACAGGAAGCCCUUCGACCCCUUCCGCUAUCCGCCGCUAGGUCCCGGCUCGGUGCUUCCCGGUAGUUAUGCGCAUCCCUAUCAUCGGCAACCACCGCAGCCACUGCUGCACAGUAUGCCCUUGCAGUACACGCCCGCCUCGUUUCAAAGCCUGUUGGCGAACAUAUCGGCGGCGCAACGGCCGAAGUUGAUGCGCAAUUCGCCGCCACCACCGCCGCCACCCGCGCCCACGAUCCUGACACAUCCCCCGGUGGCGCCGCCGCUACCUCCGCCCCCGACGGCCAUUUCGCCGCAGAGUUCGCCGACGGGCAGCGUGGGACUGCCGGAUAUCGACAGGAGAACCAACAGCAUCAAUUCGCUCAGACUCAAGGCUCGUGAGUACGAGCAGAAGAACUUGGAGAGGUUGCGUAAGAACGGCGAUCUCAUAAGUUGAAACGCCGCCGAGCUAAGUGUCAAUCUGUGUUUUAGCUGUAUCAGUUUACUGAGUGAUUGUUAAUUAACAAAUUGAUGUAGAAAAAAAUAAACAAAAAAGUGCUACGAUGUGUUGUAAGUCUCGACGUGUGUAGGUCACACCAGGAGAAUUGAACUAUCACAAUAUUAGCGGAAAAUGAUCAUCGAAAAGUAUCCGUCCAAGAUGUUGAUACAGCGACAAGAUGUGUUUAGAACGAAGAGAUCAGAAUCGAAAAAAAAUAUUUGACAUACAUGGCUGUAAUUUCGUCGCGAAAAAAUCUUAUUCACGAUCGACGAUGAUCAAAGUCGCGCGAGGAGCGUCCUGUUUUUAUUUACUUUUACACGAUAUCUUACUACAUCGCGUUUAGAUAAUGAAGAGAAAAAGAUACUAUUUAUAUACAAAAAUCUAUCUAAUUUAGUUAAAAAGUAAACAAAUGUUCUAUGAUAUCUCCCUUAGAUCUUACCAACUACUAAUAAGUAGUUUUUAUAGCGUGUAAGUCACUGUUGUAAAUAUUUGUAAUAACGAUCUGCGUGUCACCGUUGCGAAGCCUUUUAUUACACACAUCAACCGUUCGUUUUUAUUUUUUUUUAUUCUUUUUUUUUUCACAAACUUAGAUAAUGCGAAUUAGUCAGAUCGAUAGACAGUCUCUUCAAAUGGCAUAUUCUCGACACUUGAUAUAAAUCUCUCUGUAUCUCCAUGUCAAGAUCUCAUACAAUUCGUAUAACAACAGAUCAGAGAACAUCUUGUAAUGCGGUACUUCUCGGUUAUAAGAAAUAUCGUCGGUUCGAGACCAACGUGCGAUAACAAACGGAAGAAUCGAAUUGUUUGCUUUCUGGAAAAGUUCAAGUUCUUUUCUCGGUCGCUCUCAACAAAAUGGAAGAAAAAAGUGAAUAAAAUCGGAACCAAGUUUUAUAUGACUGAUCUAUUUCUGGCAACGGAGAGAUCGCCAGAGACGAAGACGCAGGUCUCAUCCGAGAAGUACCGUGUAGCGAGUGCGAAUGAAGAUCGGAAAUAUGCCAUUUGGCUCGGUGAGCUAUUUCACGUGUUUCUCAAACUGAAAUCAGCUACAACAUUGUACUUACUCUUAAUAUUACCUCUUUUACUUUUCCUUUGCAAUGAAUAAAUUACUA